AUGAACUACUGGGGAGGCGCUGGUGGAUCAGCUAACACGUGCGCAUGCGGAGUAACAAACUCUUGCUUAAAUGGCCAAAAGUGUAAUUGUUACAACGGUGGCAGCGGCUGGAGAGAGGACAGCGGUCUGCUGACAGAUAAGUCUGCUCUUCCUGCGACAAAGAUCAGACUGGAAGACUUUGAUAAAUCAACUGUNCAAAAAGCGUUUAGCCGGAUACCAAAGAAGAAAAGGGCAGUGGAAAAUGGGAGCCUUACAAUACUCAAAGUAGAAAAAGCAGAUGGCGGGACGUAUGCAUGUACUGCAAAGAAUCUCCUUGGACAUGACACCGCAAUCGCACAGGUGACCGUGAUCGACAGGCUUAAAUUUACCCUGACUCCACCCAUUAAAACUGUCACCUCGGUGUCUUGGAAGUUGAUGUUGCACUGUGAAGCUCAAGGUGCGAUAGAAGUUGACUGGAUUAGAGUGGGAAAACAUCUUCCACGAAAUCAUAUUUUGUAUCCAAAUGGUACUUUACUUCUUAGGAACAUUUCACCAAAUGAUGCAGGAUCCUAUACGUGCGUGGCAAAAAACUCUCUGCGUUCAGUAACUGCGACCAUCUGUUGUUAAAGUGAUUACACCUAAGUCUUGCAGCAGUCUUAAGUCAGGUCGCGGUGGAAGUUCAUCAGGUAAUUAUACUAUUGACCCUGAUGGCAAAGGAGGCGUGGAACCUUUCAGUGUGUAUUGUGAUAUGAGUGACAAGGGAGGAGUUGGCGUAACAGUCAUGAGUCACGACAGGGAGAGUGGAGCUCAUGUUGUCCAUAUCCCUGGGUGUGGCGUGACUCCUGGAUGUUACUGUUGUCACAGAAAAGAUGUAUCUUACACUGGAGUUAGCACAGCUCAAUCGGCGGCACUCACUCUAGUCUUACAACUGAAACCUGUGAACAGUUUAUUAAAUUUGAGUGUAAAAAUGAUGUUGCCUUUGUGCCAGAGUCAGUUGCCUGGUGGGUGUCACGUGAUGGAAGAAAAAUGA